UGUUACCAACAUCUCUGACACACACCAGGUCACGUGACACAGAUCCUGCACAUUUAAAAAAGAACGGGAUUUAUAAUUCCCACCAGGGCUUCAAAGAGGUGGAUAAAAUUGCUCCCCGUUGCCAGUUAAUUAACCGACUUUCGCACCUCCGCGGCACUUCUGUGCAAUUGACAGCGCGCAGAACGCACCAACGACCCAUGAGACUCCAUCAGCAAACCUGAUAACGAGCGGCCCAUCCUUAUUUUUAACCCUCAGUUUCUAUUCUUAUACUGUACGAAGUUGAUCGAAGCCUGCAGAGAAAUCAUCUUCGAGGGCGAGAAGUGGGGCUGUCCUCUGUCGUUAUUAAUAAUCGCUCAGGAUGGCAGUGGACUUUAGAUGCGCAGUUCACGGCUCAGUCUUUUGGGGCUUUGUGGUUAUCCUCAGUAACGUGCUAUGUCCCAUUGAUGCGUACCUCUACAACAACCGCUAUGCAGGUGAUCAAGUCUUCAGGAUAACUCCCAGCAACGAGGGGGAGGUUCAGGAGCUCAAGAAACUCCUGGGAAACAUCAAGGUGGACCUGUGGCAGCCCAACAGUGCCUCUCUGAUCCGACACAACGCCACCGUGGACGUGCAUGUGAGACGGAACAACACACGAGGGCUUCGUUCACGCCUCCAGAAGGAACACAUAGAUUUUAAGGUGUUCAUAUCUAACCUUCAGAAGGAAAUUGAAAAGCAGACUGGAUAUCGCUCUUCCCGCAAGAGGAGGUCUGAAUCCCGAUAUGACUAUGAGGUGUACCACUCUCUGGAGGAGAUCCAGAGUUGGAUGUUUGAGAUCAACAGGACCCAUCCUCACCUGGUGGACAUGUUCUCUAUAGGGAGGUCAUAUGAAGGCAGGCCCCUUUAUGUGCUUCAGCUAGGAAAGAGAACACGGUCCUAUAAGAAGGCAGUGUGGAUAGACUGUGGGGUCCAUGCAAGGGAGUGGAUUGGACCAGCCUUCUGCCAGUGGUUUGUCAAAGAGGCUCUGCAUUCCUACCAGCAUGACUCUGUGAUGAGACGACUGAUGAACCAACUCAACUUCUACAUCAUGCCUGUCUUCAACGUGGAUGGAUACAUCUUCAGCUGGACUACGGAUCGUUUCUGGAGGAAAACCCGGUCCAAAAACGUCAAGUAUCACUGCAGAGGUGUUGACGCCAACAGGAACUGGAAAGUCAAGUGGUGUGAGGAGGGUGCAUCCUCUCACCCCUGUGAUGACACGUACUGCGGACCCUUCCCUGAGUCCGAGCCAGAGGUCAAGGCAGUGGCCAAGUUCCUGCGGAAGCACAAGAAGCGUGUCAAGGCCUACGUCUCCAUCCACGCCUACGCUCAAAUGUUGCUCUACCCCUACUCUUAUAAAUACGCCACCAUCCCUAACUUCAACUGUGUGGAGUCAGCUGCACACAAUGCAGUGACUGCCCUGUACUCUGCCUACGGAGUGAGGUACAGAUAUGGACCCGCCUCCACCACGCUGUAUGUCAGCUCAGGCAGCUCCAUGGACUGGGCCUAUAGGAACGGGAUCCCUUAUGCCUUUGCCUUUGAACUGCGGGACACAGGCUACUUUGGCUUCCUGUUACCUGAAGCUCUGAUUAACCCCACCUGUACUGAGACCAUGAGAGCAGUGAAGACCAUCUCAUCAGGCCUACUAAAGAAGUGUGAGACAGGGAUGUAUCAGCUGGACAGGGAGAGAUAUCCAUAUCUCUGAGAUAUAUAGACAUUUACAGUAUCUCUGCAUCUGCUAGAGAAUAACUACGGGUGGUGGGUUAUUGUGCCAAAAAGGAAAAUGCAACAUAUAUCAUGCAAGCCUUGAUGUUUACCCAAGAGUGGUCACCACUCCAUUUUAUGUCUGUAUGUUAGAGGCUAUAGUGGUACUUGAAAAUGCCCUCAAACUGGUUUCAAAUGUAAAAGUAUUUAGAUGUCAUAUUACAUCAAAUCUUCACCUUGUACUAUCAACAACUCGACUGUUUACUGUGUACGGUGAACGCAAGCACUUGAAUGCCAUUUUCAAGAGACUGAUAUUGCAUUUCACAGAGUUUUUUUCUUGAAAUUGCAGUUUUGACCCAUUAAAGCUUCACUAUCUGGAGCACCAUCAGCUAACUCAGUGGUGUAGUCGUGCCUGGAGAAGUGGGUAUAUUCUAUCUUUUGCCAAAGAUGUCCCAAACGGCCCGCCGGGUGAAUUCUAUGAGAAACAGUGACAUACACUCUGAAUGACCUAAAAUGAUAAAUGCCAUAUUGGUCUUUCAUAGUCAGGCCAACCCAAGCUGUACUGUGCAAGUAGGCUAAUAGUAGACCUACUACUGAAAUGGAUACAUGAGGCUGGCCAACGGCAGUUCCGGAGACCACUUUUGAUGUCAGGGAACAAUCUAAGAAAUGUUGAUUUUUUUUUGUGUAGUUACCCUAUAAUUUGCAGGCACAAAGCACUGUUGUUUGAUUAGCAGUGUUUCUGUAGGACAUGAGUUUGCAAAACAAAUGGCCACUAGAUUGACACAAAUAAUCCUGAUAUAAUUCUGCUUUGUAGCUAGUUAACGCUUAAUUUAGAAGGUUUUUGGGAAAGCAUUUCCCUCUACCAGAAGACGAUUAGGCCUAUCAUUAGCAUUGCUAUAUUCUUCCUGCUCCUUCAUUGUCUGAAACCAGGAUGUUUUAUCUCAUAAUAUGAGGCAUGUUUCAAAGUAGCUUAUAGCCAAAAUCCCACCAUAAAAAUGUGGAGGCAAUUAUUUUAUAAAGACUUAUACUGGUUUUCUUUCAAAUGUAUUUUAUUGUCUAGCAGCCAAAGGUAUUGUCCAAGUCAUAUUAGCAACCCAUGAUAAUAAUUAUAACAAUUUUAAAAAAUGCUAACAAUUAUUGUUGCAUCUUUAGAUCUUCCCUCUUUCAAAAUAUCUAAAGAAUAUUUACAUCUCUGUCCUUGAAACUGCUUGCAUGUGCAGUGCACAUUUUAGAACAGUGUUUUCCCGCAUAGGCCUACCGCCAUGUGCACAUUGCUGAGCCUAAAAUGUGAAAUAAUAGUUUUUGAACAUUUUAAGCUAAACAUUCUAACCUGUUCCAUCAGCCUUAUUAAUUGAUAUGGCAUAUACCUCCACUACACUACUUUGAUAUGCAUCAUGGCAAUUAAGAAGUGAGUAAACGCAAUAUGUGGGCAUAAGCCGUAUGUAUACCUGCAUGUUCCACCCACUAAACCACUGAGCUAACUGCUCUAGAUGUCUUCUAAAGACAUUUUACAUUAAUUGUGGUAGAACAAGGUCAUAAAAAUGUGUUUAUAUGGUACAAACAACAAGGAUGCCUAAAGUAUCAAUAAAGGGAUAGUUCACACAAAUGACACAAUUAUGUAUGGGUUUCCUUGUAAGCAGUCUAUGGACAACGUAUGACAGCAAAUCAUGCUUUAGUUUGUUUAGCUGGCCACUGUUCCAAUGCAAAUUCAAUGCAAGUCAACAGUACCUGUAUUAUAAUUUUUGCACUUUAUGUAUCUAAAAAUGUAUUGUGUAACUCAAUGAAGUUACUUAUAGAUCAUUUGGACAUUAACGUAAAAUGCUUAUAUAGGUACCAUUGGCUUGCAUUGGAUUUCUUCUACAAAUGUAGAAAAGUUAUCAUUUGAAACAGUAUCCAGGUAAACAAAACCAAAGCAUGGAUUGCUGUCAUAUCUUGCCCAUAGGCUGCUUCCAGGGUAAGUAAACCCAUAUGUCAUUUUGUCUUUUGGUUGAACUAUCCCUUUAACAAAGUGCCUUGAAAUGGACUUUAAACGCUUUUCAUAAUUUUGUAAAGGAUAAGUUUAUAUUUUUCUUUAUCAAGGGGAAAUGUUUACUUUUGAUAGAAAGUGUAAAGGACAUUUACUGAAAUGUAAUACAUGUUAUUUCUUUUUUAUGAGGUUGUCACGUGGAUGUUUUCUUUGACAUCACUAUCAUUACAAACAUUACAAUAUUAUCGUUUUACAGUAAUAGCCCACUGAACACAAACAUCAGUUCAACGUCUAGUUUUGUUUUACAUUUGGUUGAGCUGUCAACUAACAUGAAUUCAACGUGAAAUCAACAAAAAAUGUCACCAUGUCAUUCAUUGGAUUUAUGUUAAAAGUUGGGUGAAAAAGACAAAAAUGCCCUUAUGUUGAUGACUUUUUGCAAAUCCAAUAAGUUUUCCACAUGGAUUCAAUGCAUCACAUCGAUUUAUGGGGUUGAAAUGAUGUGUAAACAACGUUAACUUAGGAAUAGGCAUCUCGCUAGCGGGACUACUUCUGGUGAAACUGGAGGGCACGCAAUUCAAAUAAAUCAUUGUAAAAAUGAUGGCUAUUAAACAUUUAGGUACAUAUGUGUCUUAUAUUGGCUGCAACCUUAAAUUCUUGUUAAUCUAA